UACUACUCAUGGUUAACGUAACCUAAAAAGUGGGCCGAUACCAACAUGGCAAAAAAUUGAAAAUAUAUACUCACUACCACACAUGAUUAAUAUAACCUAACAUAUCUUCUCUCACGGCCACUCGCAUAUCUUCUCUCACGGCCGCCGCAUAUCUUCUCUCAAGGCCGCCGCAUAUCUUCUCACCACUCUCUAUUCCUCCAAGUCUGCUACAAGUCUUUGUUUUCUUUUCGGCUCCUCUCACAACAGCAGCCAGCAGCAGUAAUGGUGAAGCACUACAGACCCCCGGGGAAGAAAAAGGAAGGAAAUGCUGCUAAAUUUGUCACUAGAAAUCAUGCUCUCAAGCAGCUUCAAAUCAGUCUACCCCUUUUCAGGAAGCUGUGCAUUUUGAAAGGUGUAACUCCCCGGGAGCCUAAGAAAAAGUUAGGACGUCAGACUUGCUACCAUGUGAAGGAUAUAAGCUUUCUACAUCACGAGCCUUUGCUGGAAAUACAUAGAGCAAUAAGAGUACAUGAAAGAAAAAUUAAGAAAGCAGAGGCAAAGAAAAACAUUGAACGUGCAAAGAGGUUACGUGAGGAAACACCCAAACCCAAGAUAGAUAGGAUUAUUCGACAAAGGUACCCAAGAUUUGUGGAUGCACUUGGAGAAUUGGAUGACUGCCUUACAAUGGUACAUCUUUUUGCAGCAUUACCUGCAACUGAGAGCAAAAAAAUUGAUGUGGAGCGUGUCCAUAAAUGUCGAAGAUUGGCGCAUGAAUGGCAAGCAUACAUAUCUCGUACUCACAGGUUAAGAAAAACAUUUGUAUCUGUUAAAGGCAUAUACUACCAGGCUGAAGUCGAGGGUCAGACAAUAACAUGGUUAACUCCUCAUUCACUGCAGCAGGUUGUGUCUGAUGAUGUUGACAUCCCCACCAUGCUUAACUUUCUGCAAUUAUAUGAGCCUCUUCUUGCUUUUGUCAACUUCCACCUCUAUCAUUCUAUAAAUUUGAAGUAUCCUCCCAUGCUCGAUCCUCGCUUGGAGGCGUUGGCAGCAGAUCUAUAUGCAUUGUCAAGAUAUGCCAAUGCCGACAACAGACCCGCAAUACUGAGUUCUGAAGCUUCUCAAUUAGUUGAAUCUGAACAAGUGGGGAACAAGAAAACUGAGGCAGAGACUGAAAAUGAAAAAUCUGAACUUAGACUUGCUCAACUUCAGAAUCAACUUCCUUCUAAUGAACCCGGUGCACUAAUGCACCUUGUUGAGAAAGCUGCAGGUGAUGAUGAAGAGGAAUAUGAUCAAGAGACACGAGAAUGCAAAAAUCUCUUUCGAAAUGUCAAAAUCUUCUUGAGCAGGGAGGUACCAAGGGAAUCAUUGCUUCUUGUUAUUCCUGCUUUUGGUGGUAAAGUUUCAUGGGAGGGAGAGGGGGCUCCUUUUGGGGAAUCAGACCAGAGCAUUACUCACCAGAUCGUUGAUCGGGAAUCACAAGGACAUAGGUUCCUCUCAAGAGAAUAUGUUCAACCACAGUGGGUAUUUGAUUGUGUGAAUGCACGCAUAAUUUUGCCAACAGAAAGUUAUAUGGUUGGAAGAAUUCCUCCACCGCACUUGUCCCCGUUCGUUAACUAUGACGAAGAAGGGGCAUAUGUUCCGGAGUAUGCAAAGACCAUUAAACACUUGCAAGCUGCUGCCAGAAAGGAAGUCCUUCCACUUCCAGGUGUUGAAAAAGAUCUCGAAGAUCCUCAAAAUCUUCUGGCUGACGGUAUCAUUGAUCGAGCAGAGGCUAACGAAGCGGCUAAGAGAAAGCAGAAGAUGAUGAUUCUAGAGAAGCAAUACCAUGAGGAUUUGAAGAAAGAACUUCAGGGUGCUACAUAUACUUCAGCAGGUUCUACUGCUGAAAAAGAAACAUCUACUGGAGUGAUUCAGACAGCUGAAUCAACGAACAAUGGUCAAGAAAAUGUUGAUGAUUUGACUAAACUUAUGAUGUCUCGUAAAAAGAGGAAGCUAUUAGAAGCCAUGCAGAUAUCGAAUGAGCGCAAGCAAGCUAAAAAUGAUCUUAUCAAACACCGGAAAAAGAAAAUCGAUGAAGCUCAGAAUCAAAGGAGUUGAAAGGAAUCUACGUUCUCAAAGGGUUUCAGCUAUAUGCCAUUUCAUUUUGUUAUAUAGGUGCUAGCUGAUUUAUAAGGCUAGUUUUCUUUUGUUGUUUUCCAGUAUAACUUAUUUUAUUUAGUAUCUCUUCUUUCUGUUUUGUAACAUGUUUUGGAAGGGCCAAAGAACAUUUUGAUUUUUUUUAUCCGGCAAAAUUUAAGUUAUACCUUGAUCUACUAGGGUGUGUAAGAAACUGAAUAAAUCCAGUGAACAAUGCUAACUAGUUUGGUUUGGAAUGCAGACGAAAGGCUUUUAUAUCUAA